CAGAAGUUAAGAGGCCUGUUACAUCUCCUCGGAAUUCGGUGAUUCGUUGUGUGAGAACGGGACUCCUGCCGCCGUCAGUGUGGUGAGAGUGGAGACGCGACAUGCCCGUCCUGACUCUCAGAGGGGUGGCCGUGGCUUUCCCCUUCGCUCCGUAUGACUGUCAGAAGGAAUACAUGAGCAAAGUGAUCGAGUGUCUGCAAAACAAGGCCAAUGGAGUGCUGGAGAGUCCCACGGGCACAGGCAAAACCCUGUGUCUGCUGUGUGCCACACUGGCCUGGAGGGACCACUUUAAAGACACCAUCUCCGCCAGGAAAAUAGCACAGAGGCUCGGAGAAGCAGAGAUGUUUCCCAACACACCUCUGGCUUCGUGGGGGACGGCUGCAACGGAUGGUGAUACCCCAACAUACUACACAGAUAUUCCCAAGAUCAUAUAUGCAUCUAGGACACACACUCAACUCUCCCAGGUCAUCCGUGAGUUAAAGAACACUUCAUACAAGCCCAAGAUGUGUGUGCUUGGAUCCAGAGAUCAGCUGUGCAUCAACAAGGAAGUGAUGAGUCAGGAGAGCAGCCACGUCAAGAUUCAUAUGUGCAAAGCCAAGGUUUCCUCCAGGUCGUGUAUCUACUACAACAACGUUGAAGAGAAAAGCACAGAUAAAGAACUGGUUCACGCCAUCAUGGACGUAGAAGACCUGGUAAAAGCUGGCAACAAACAGAGGGUUUGUCCUUAUUACCUCUCCCGUUCCCUGAAACAGACGGCAGACAUAAUAUUCAUGCCGUAUAACUACCUACUGGAUCCAAAGAGCCGCAGGGCACACAGUCUCGACCUGAAAGGGGCAGUUAUAAUUUUUGAUGAGGCGCACAAUGUGGAGAGAACAUGUGAGGAGUCGACGUCCUUUGACCUGAGCCCGUAUGACCUGGCCUCAGCCAUCAGCGCUGUGGACAAACUGCUGAUAGACAAAGCUAAAGACACCAUCGCAGAGGACUUCGUCAGCGAGGACUUCAACUCUGGUUUAAAACUGGAUAUAACCGAGGUGGCCAAAAUAAAACAGAUGCUGCUGGACCUGGAAGCUGCUAUUGAUUCCUACGACGUUACAAAUGGCACAGGAAUCACCAAACCCGGAAGUUUUAUUUACGAGCUGUUCCAGAGGGCCGGGCUGACUUACAGCACCAAGACGGCCGUCUCCGAAGCCUUGGAGCAGAUUAUCGGCAACCUGACAGGACGGCCAGGGAUUUUCUUGAAUACGAGUGGCCUGCAGAAGUUGUAUGAUAUUAUUCAGCUGGUGUUCUGCAGGGACCCAUCAGUGGUGGAUAAAGAGAGACGCCUGCAGUCCGACUCGGCGUUCUUCAAGGUCCAUAUUCAUCAAGACACCAGCCAUCAGAGGAAAAAACAAAACACAGACGUUUGGGCUUCGUCCUCUUCAAAGAAACAAGGUAAUGUUCUGAGUUACUGGUGUUUCUCGCCUGGCUUCAGCAUGCAGGAUCUUGUCCAACAAGGAGCUCGCUGCAUCAUCCUGACCAGCGGCACGCUGUCACCGCUGUCCUCAUUCACCGCUGAGAUGCAGAUUCCCUUCUCUGUGCGUUUGGAGAACAGUCAUGUGAUCCAGCAUGACCAGAUCUUUGUGAGCAUUGUUGAUCGAGGGCCAGACGGCGUGCGUCUGAGUUCGGCCUUUGAUAGGAGAUUUGUCCCUGAAAAUAUGGCGUCAUUAGGCAGUACUAUUGCCAACCUGGGCAGAGUGGUUCCUCACGGGCUCCUGGUUUUCUUUCCCUCGUACCCUUCAAUGGACAAGACCCUGGAGUUCUGGAGGUCAAACGGACAUGCCGACCGCAUCGAGAACAUGAAGCCAAUAUUUGUUGAACCUAAAGGAAAGGGCACCUUCACAGAGGUUAUCAAUGGAUAUUAUGACAAAGUAAAUGAUCCAAAAUCCAAAGGUGGAAGCUUCUUUGCUGUUUGUCGAGGGAAGGCUAGUGAGGGGCUGGAUUUCGCCGACUCUUUCUGCCGGGGCGUCAUCAUUACAGGUCUCCCCUUCCCUCCUAAGAUGGAUCCCAGGGUGGUCCUGAAGAUGCAGUUCUUGGAUGAGAUGAGCAGAAAAAGGGAUCCUGGGGUGACGUAUCUGUCAGGGCAGGAGUGGUACAGACAACAGUCCUCCCGGGCUGUUAACCAGGCUAUUGGUCGAGUUAUUCGUCACAAAGAGGAUUACGGCGCCAUCUUCCUGUGUGACCAGAGGUUUAAAAAUCCAGAAGCCCGAGCCCAGCUACCCUUAUGGUUGAAGCCGUAUGUUCGCCACCAUGAAAGCUUUGGGAAUAUUGUCCGUGAUGUCGCUCAGUUCUUCAGGGUCGCACAGAAGAUGCGGCCUCCCGUAGAGAAGAAGGCUGGAGUUGAGAGCUGUUCUUCAGAGGACUCCUCAGACUUCCUGUCCUCCAGUAUCAAACCUCACCCGUCCAUCCAAAGUACUUCCUCCAUAAAGGCCAAAGUGGUGGAUGCACAUGUUCCCAGUCUGAAGAAGAGAAAACUGAAUGGAUAUACAGGAAACGAAGGGAUGGCCCGGCUGUGUAUUGAGUAUGAGGCUGAGAUGACGGAUGGCCAGAGGAGACCAGUCGGCUUGUUGGAUGUCUUGGACCACAGUGAUAAACGGGACGGAACAUCCGUAAAAGGACCAAACUACGUCGUGGGAGAAGAAAGGGCAAGUCGUCUGUCCACCUUAUCUCUUCAACAUGACAAGCGAAUGGACGAUGAGUUUCACGGUGGGAAACGAAAAAUCAAACUGGUCCAAGAACAGAAAAUCAACUUUCCAGAGAACGUGUCUCAGGAGAACAAAGCCGGUCAAGCCAAGUGGUUCUUGGCAGACAUGAAAAAGUCACUGAGCCAAGUGAACUUUGAGCGGAUCAUGAAGGCGCUGCAUUCAUACAAGAAAACAGAUGACCUAGAAGUGUUAUGGAGGGAGUCAGCCGACCUUCUGACCGGAGAUGCCAAUACACACAGUCUGCUCCGCGGGUUCUACCAGUUCAUACGCCCCCAUCACAAAAAGGAGUUUGACGGCAGGUGUGAGGAGCGGACGGGUCAAGGUUGUGGAUACAAACCGGAACACUCGCUCUCCAAAGAAGAGAGGAUAGCGCUGAUUCAGCACGACGUUAAUAACAGACAGUCUGCUACGGCGUCUUCAGGCGCCGCAUCUCUUUCCACCUGUCAGCUAAAUGCGUCCCUGCAGUUAAACCAUGGAGGAUGUCACAUUGGAAACCACGCCUCCAGGAAACUUGACACAGGAAGUCAAACAGGUUCUGUGUCUACAGCACCGCCCACUUCAAAGAAUGAAAUCUACUCUACUUUUGUGGCCGAUGUGAAAAAAGCCAUUGGAGGAGAGAAGUUCAACCAGUUCUUCAUGGCCGUUCAGAAUUAUAAAAAGACGGAGCGGUUUGAUGAGCUGGUGUCCACCGUGGUGAGCUUAUUAACAGAAAAAGAUGACGACUUCUGUCUUCUAGUCAGGUUUGGGAUGUUUGUACGUCCUCAUCAUAAGGCUCAAUACAAAGAGUUGUUGGACUCCCUGAUGGGACCGUCCAUUCCUACCGCCACCGUCCUAACUGUGAAUGCAGACCAGCCGAGCCAAGCUUCAGUUUCAAGUCCUGUGAAGACCCAAAGCAAGAUUUCCAGUUUUUUCUUGAGCAGCCUAGGGAAAUAAACUGUGAGGAAAAUGAAUUUAGAUGUGUUAAACUUCUUGAACGUGACUGAAGACAGGACGUGUGACCUUUAAAGGAUCGAGAGAUUUGAGGCGCCUUUUGUCUUUCUACAUGAUCAUUGGUUACUCUCAGCCUGAAUAACCUCAUGACUGAUCCUGAUAGUAUAGAUUUGUCAUAAAAGGUAUGAGGCCUCCCUCUCAUGAAGACUGACUGUAAAAAUACUGAUAUGAGCGCUCAGUGCAGAUGAGAGGGAACAUACCAUCGUCUCAACAAUGUCGGAAUCAGUGGAUGUUCGUGUACGUAGUAGAAAUAUCAUGGAGCAUCUCACAUGAUACACAAGCACAGGAUGUGACAUAUAUGUCAGUCCAUGUAAUCUCAUUUAUCACUGUGUCGGUUUGAUCUGUGUGUCAUCACACUAUCCAUGUUUCAGAGAAGCUUCCCUUUUGGAAACCGUCCUCGACGAGGUGGAGGCGACCAGGAGUUUGGUCUGACCUGUGAGGCUCUAGAACCUCCCGUCUGUCUAAACCUUGACGUCAUCACUGAAUGAAAUGUUGAGAGAUGGUUUUCCAGAUAAGACCCACAUAUCCUGUUUACGUGCAUCCAGAAGAUUAAAGUUACACUCAUGUAUCACAACACUUUCAUUACUAUUUUCAUAAGUCGAAGAUAUUAUGAAAGCACAAAUCAAUUUUUAAUUUGAAUAUUAUUGAAAAUUUGAAAGUAAAUUAAAUCUCACUUUAUUUUUCACUAAUGCUUGCAAUUUUGGUUCAAAAUAUUAUUUUACAAUAAUACGAUACAUAAUAUUAAUGCAAUAAUUUUAUGUACCACUAUACAAUAUGAAAAUUUGGAUGCUCUGUGUUUAUAAUGUAAAAUGAAUUUUUAAACGUAUGUCUUUACUGAAAUUUUGAUUAUAAAUGUGAUGCAGAAAAUGCAUGCACGAGUAUAGAAAUAAAAUGCAGCCAUCCUUUUUCCUUGGAAUCAAGUUUAUACUCACAUGAAGACAGACUGAGGGGUGAAAUGUUGCUGCUAAAGCUAAUGGCGUGUCUGUAACUUCAUAACUUUUGCUUCAUGAAGUUCAGAUCUGAGGUCGGUUCAUGUUACACGGUGUAUGGAUUACAGAUUCGGAAGGAAUAAACUUUUAUGGACUUUAUUUUAUAACAAAACACCCACCAGCCUGCUGUAAUAUUCCCAGUGCAAAUGUAUCAAGUGGUAGCCCUUGGAAUAUAAUUUGUGAAGAA